CCACCUAGCACCACCAGUCUCUCGCAUUAGAUUGCUCGACAUUUGAGGUCUAUCAUUCACUCUUUCCGGGACGCCAGGCUCACAAUGGCUCCCAACGCGUGUAACGCCAGUCCCACCCUCGGCCCCAUGUCCGUAAUUUCUCCCGCGGAGCUCAAGCAGGCUCCCGCCACCACCCUCCCCACCGUCCCCGAGCCCGCCGAUGCUCCCGCCGCUCCGCAAUCCGCUCCGCUCCCCGCUCCGCCGGCCGCUCCCCCCGCGGCGGAGGCAGCUGCUGCGCCCGAGCCCGCCGCGGCUCCCGCGGAGCCCGCGCAGCACCCAUCCGCGGAAGAAAUGGCGCAAGGACCCGUCAUGGAGACCGACGGGAUGUUCUUGGGAAUGCCUCUGCAGCAGAUCAAGAUGAUUUAUCACCACGCCGUGACGCAGUCCACGCGCCUCGUGCUGCCGCUUCUGGCGGCGAUCGCGGUCCAGCUCACGCGCAACGUUGACUUUAACGCGCUCUGGGAGCAGCUGCUCACCCUCGAUACCUCCUACCUCGUCGCCGCGUUUUCCGCCGCGCUUUUCGCCGUGACGGUCUACGUGCUCACCCGCCCGCGCCGCGUGUUCCUCGUCGAUUUCGCGUGCUACCGCCCGCCCGACCACCUCGUCAUCACUAAGGACGUGGCCGUCGAUCGCGUGAAGAAGCUCGGUUACUUCGACGAGAAGUCGGUCGAUUUCCAGACCAAGGUGUUUGCCAGGUCCGGGCUCGGCGAUCGAACCUACAUCCCUCCGUCAAUGCACACGUGGCCGCCGUCCCCGUCGAUCGCCAACGCGCGAUUGGAGGCCGAGAUGGUGAUGUUCGGCGCGCUCGACGAGCUUUUCGCGAAGACGGGCGUGAAGCCGCAGGACAUUUCGAUUCUCAUCGUGAACUGCACGGUUUUCUGCCCGACGCCGUCGCUCUCGGCCAUGGUGGUUAACCACUACAAGAUGAGGCAGGAUAUCCAGUCGUACAAUCUGGGCGGCAUGGGGUGUAGCGCGAGCAUCAUCGCGACGAAGAUGGCGCAGGAUCUGCUGCAAGGCCAGCCGAACAAGCUCGCGGUGAUCGUCUCGACCGAGAACAUCACCCUCAACGCGUACCUCGGCAACCGUCGCUCGAUGCAGGUUACCAACGUGCUCUUUCGCAUGGGCGGCGCGGCCGCGCUGAUUUCGAACAAGCCGCGCGACGCGUGGAGGGCCAAGUACGAGCUGAAGAACGUGGUUCGGACGCACAUGGGCGCGGACGACAAGUGCUACAAGUGCAUCCACCAGCAGGAAGAUGAGAAGAAGAUUGUCGGAGUGAUGCUCUCGCGCGAGCUUAUGGGUACCGCCGCGAAGGCUCUUAAGGCGAACGUGACUGCGCUCGGCCCGCUCGUGCUGCCGCUUUCCGAGAAGCUGCUCUUCGCCGCGGCGUUCAUCGCGCGGCGCGUGUUUAAGAUGGAUAUUAAGGAGUACCUGCCGGACUUCAAGCUGGCCUUCGAGCAUUUCUGCAUCCACCCCGGCGGUCGCGCGCUCCUCGACGAGGUCCAGAAGGGGCUCCGCCUCACUCCGAACCACAUGGAACCGAACCGGAUGACGCUGUACCGCUUCGGAAACCUCUCUUCCGCGUCGAUCUGGUACGAGCUGUCGUACGUGGAGGCGCAGGACCGCGUGAAGCGCGGCGACCGCGUGUGGCAGCUGGCGUUCGGAAGCGGGUUUAAGUGCCAGAGCGCUGUCUGGAAGGCGCUGAGGACGAUCCCCGGCGCCAAGAACCCUGGCCCGUGGGCUGAGGCGGACGGCUAUGUUCCCCCUCCCCCGGUCGAGGCGCUCGAGAUGGACCCUGAGCCCCACCACUAGUUUCACAAGGGUUCCUCGCGCUUGGCGCGCUGCUGGCUGCUGCGGCAAUGCGGCAAUGCGACCAGAUUCCUCACACACGCAUACGACCUAACUGUGAAGGCCCUGCAGAGAGGCAGGGAUUCCGGGGUCCAGGAAGAAGUUAGGACUUCAGUUCCUGUCCUCUAGGCUGUUAGUUUCCUGCUACUGUAGUUGCAUACUAUGAGACUCCUAGGCUGCUUACCCUAGCUCAUUUCAUUCUAGACCAUUGUCUAUUUCCUGAAAUUAUAAUAAAUUAUGCUUCAAAACUCUGCCUAUGCUCCUGUUAUUCAACCUUCGACUACCCACAAGUUCAUGUGCUCAGGUUCACUCUUAUAAGACUUCCGCUGUCUUACUAGUCUACCAUUCCAGCAAAGAUCCUUGGUUAAGUAUUCGUGUUCGCAGAUUCUACACGUAGUCUACUGCAACACCAGACGAUUUACUUCAUGUGUAAGCAGAACCUUUCAUUCGAUGCAAACAGGAACAAACAGAGACAACAUGUUUGUAAAUACAAUAGAUGUUGUGAAAAUCAUCACAAACAGCACAAGCGCGCCUCUAGCACUUGUGCUCGGACCCAUCCGAGAGCACCACGGGUAAACCUGAUCAUAUAGUUU